AUGUUACAUGAUAAUGUUAUAAUGUUGGAUGUUGCCAUCUAAAGAAUAUGAAAAUGACUGUGAAUAAACACAUGAAUGCAUUCUUUUUUAGUAAUUUCAGUGCAUUUGUUUUCAGGACUGAGUUGAGACGGUCUCACCUUUGUCCCAUCCCAAACAGCUGAGGAAUCAUACUGUAAGUUUUUAUAGCUUAAGCACCCUCCCACCUGGGAAACCACACUCAAGCACUCAUAUCUUGAUCAUAUCUUGAUGUAUUUUCAUUCAUAAACAGGAAUACUUUGUAUGACAAAGUAUUAGGGCCGUAUUGAAACUGAGAUUUUUGUAAACAAAGUUGUACAUCGACAAGAAAAGUCAUAAUAUUAUGAGUAAAGUAGUACAUUUGAGAAAGAAGGUGGUAAUAUCACGAGAAUAAAGUCGUAAUAAGGCUUCUUUCCAAGAAGCGAUGACAUAACGCUUCCCAGCCUUGCGGAGGCACUCCUUGGUGUCACUGUUAAAUAACUCAACCUUUAGGCUCACCUUUGGCCCAUCAAAGUCCUCUCUGAGGACUUGGGCAUUAGAAGACUCCGGACGCACCUGGAGCAGCCACAGGUACGCUCUCUGGCUUUGGGACGGCGACCGAGUCAAGACUGGAGCUGACGGUGAGCGAGCCCGCACUUGACCGCUUGUGAUUGAUGGCGUUGGCGUCACUGGGCUGUACUUAAACAGACGAGCAAUACAAGUUGAUGUCCUCAUGCUGAUGUCUACGUUUAGACUAACUUUACAUUAUUCCUGCUAUUUCAAAAAAUUAAACAUUAUUAUAUACAAAUAGUACUCUAUUAUAUUCUGCAGUCAUUGUCAUACAUACAAGUAUUUAUUUUCUUUUAUUUGAUUUUUUAAAAUCUAAACAAAACUAUAACAUGUUUUGGAAUUUUAAGACAAUACAUUUGAAAUUUAAAAGAAUUUGUUAUUUUUGAAUGUAAAAUUUAGCGUUGUUACAAAUGAUGUUGAUUUGCACGUGCAUGUGCUGGUCACUAUCAUUUAACAAUAAUAACAUUUGAUAACAAGGGUAAUAAUGUGGGUUCAAAGUUCAGCUGGUCUUUGCCGUCGGAGUCAUCACCAACUUGAGUGAUUAACCAUUAACUACGUGUGACACGUGCAUGCAAGAUGAACUCAUCGGAGGACGUUUCUAAGGCAUUUCAUCAUCAUUUCAUCAUCAUUUGAAUAGGAAGGGAUGCCAUUACAUCACAAUAAGUCCUGAUUGUCUCUGGUAGAACAUGGCCGCCUACAAGCCAAAGGUGAUUUCUCUAACCAAGCUGCCGGGUCAGACUUUGGGCUUCUACUUGAGGGCGGAGCAGGGCGAGGAUGGCCACCUGAUCCGCUGCUUGGAUACGGGAAGUCCUGCUGAACUAUCCGGCAUGAAAGAUGGAGACCGCAUCCUUCGAGUCAAUGGAAAAUUUGUGGAUGGGCUUUCCCAUUCUGAGGUGGUGGAGCUGGUGAGAAGCAGCGGGGCCACGGUCACCUUCCACAUUCUUGAUGAAGCUUCCUACAAGCAGGCCAAGACCCAAGGAGCCAACCUGGGUGAGCCUCAACAUACACCAGCGGUCAACGGCGGGGACCGGCGGGACCUAAAAGCUCGACUCUGCUACCUGGUCAAGUCCGGCUCUGGCUAUGGCUUCUCUCUUCGCUCGGUUAAAGGUGAGCAGGGCGUCUUCAUAACGGAGGUGGUCCCGGGCGGUGCGGCAGACCAGGCCGGGGUCCAACUGAACGACCGUCUUCUGGAAGUCAACGGGGAGAACAUCGAGAGCUGCGCGUACGAACAAGUGGUGGACAAGAUCAAGAUGGCGGGCAGCAGCCUGGUGUUCCUCCUGGUGGACGACGAGGCGGACCGCCACUACCAAAGCCUGUCCCUCAAGAUCACCACACGCUUCGCCACCACCAAGUGUCUCCCUCACCGGCCACGCAUCGUCCACUUGACCAAAGGGCCCGGCGGGUACGGCUUCCUGCUCAAGGAGGAGCCCGGCACCGGAGGACACGUGAUCAGGGACAUAGACAGGGGGAGUCCAGCAGAGACGGGGGGUCUCAGGGACUCGGACAGGCUGGUGGCUGUGGACGGCCUGGAGGUAAACGGCCGGACUCAUGAGGAGGUGGUGGACGCCAUCAGGCGGAGUGGCGCCAAGUGCUGCCUCCUCGUGGUGGACAAGGACGCCGACCUCAUGUACGCUCAGGCUCAGGUGUCACCCAUGCUCUUCUGGGAGGAGAAGAAGGACUCUCUUUCCCCACCCAGUUACUCCGAGGCGACCACCUUCCCCAUGGUGACGUCAUCCACACCUGCUGUGGAGGAGGAGAAGGAGGAGAAGGAGGAGAAGGAGGAGGAACUCAAGCCUAAACUGUGUAAGAUGGAGAAGGGAGCGUCUGGAUUUGGCUUCCACUUAAACGGCAUCUCGGGGGUUUAUGGCCAGUACAUUAAAGAGGUGGUGAAGGGCGGAGUCGCCGACCGGGCCGGUCUGGAGGACGACGACUUGGUGGUGGAGGUCAACGGGAAGAACGUGGAGAUGAGCACCCACAACGAGGUGGUGGACCUGAUCCACGGCAGCGGAAGUUCUCUGGAGCUGCUGGUGGCCACCAAGAGCGUCUACGAGCAGCUGAAGGCCAAAGGGGUGGCCAUCACACGGGAGAUGCUGCAGUGGACGCCACGAGCCGAGAACCAAGUCCACAACGGAGAGGAGGAACGGCAAACUCCGGCUAGAGAGAGAGUGAGCAGCUUUACGUAUUCUAUGAAGGAAUGUACACUCUUGUAUCCACGGCAACCACAUCUAUAAACUAUCACCAUAAAAUCAUCAUUCCGAUGUAAAGGUUCACUUUUUAAAGUUUCUUUUCAAUUCCGUCUCCAACUCAAUGACGUGUUUGUCUCUUUGCAGACGCCAUCCGUGUCUUCAUCUUCUUCUUGUGCAAGUUUGGAUGACAGACUUUAAGAGGGGACGACACACCAGUUAGCCUUCUUGCUAGCAACAUAACUUUAUCUCACCCGCUCUCUAUUUUUAAUAUAUAUAUAUAUAUAUAUAUAUAUAUAUAUAUAUAAUAAGAAGAAAUAAUGGAGAAAAAAAACGUUUGUGAGCUCUUCCGUGUUCAGAGUGGAUGUUUGCUUUGAAACUCCAAAUAAAGAGCAGCCCAUUCGUCUUUAUAGCCGUUCUUCUUCCUUUACUUUCACUUUAGAUGGAAGAUGGAAAUGAAAUGAUGCAUCUGCACCCCAUUUUUACACCAUGCGGAAACAAGCUAUGACUGGAAGCGUGUCCUGGGAAGCGUGUCCUGGGAAGCGUGUCCUGCUGCUACCAAACAUAGUUUUGUGUGGUAACGGAAAACUUUUGCAAUAGCUUGCAAAAGUUUGACUUUGACCAUCAAUUUUUAUUUCCAUGUCCCCUUUGGGGGCUCUAAGAUCAUUUUGUCUUUCCUAAAGUCAAGAAUGAUGGUGGUAGCGUGCGUCGUGGUCUGGGGCUGCAUGGGUGUCAGAGUUCCAAGAUGAAAGCCACCAGAACAUCAAAGCUCGUCUGAAUUUUGUUGGAAAACACUGGCAAAAUGGGAAAAUACUCUAAGGAGACAAAUGUUGGAACUUUUUGGAAGACGUGUGUCUUAUUAUUACAUCUGGUGUAAAACUAAUGCCACGUUCCAGAAAAAGAACAUCAUAUGUGGUAAAAUGUGGUGGUGGUAGUGUGAUGGCCUGGAGCCGUUUUACUGCUUCAGACUUGCUGUGAUUAAAAAAAAAAGAGCUGUGACCAAAUGGUACGUCUUGUCUUUUUAGUGCUUGAAAAGACUUUUUAUGAUGAUUCAUUCCCUUCAUUAAAAAAUGACAUAUUUUAAAAGAAUAAAUCCAGAAAGUGAGCCAGAAGGAUUAUUUUGCCCUCAAUGGAAAGUGAAUGGUUUAGUCAAGCGAUACGAAAUGAAAUAAUAAUGGCU